AAAUCAUUUACCUUUUCAAUUACUCAAAUUCCAAAUCAUAAAAAAAAACUCCCGAGAAAAUGGCUCUCCGAUCUGUCAAAACGCCGACCUUGAUAACUCCGGUCACCGUCGUCUCCUCCUCCGUUAUCAACAAGCCUCAAUCUAUCAGAUUCUCUCUUAAACCAACAGCGGCACUCGCCGUUCACAACCGUCAGCCAUCGUUCUACGGUCUCAAGCUCAAACCAACAAAAUUCCGAUGCUCUGCGUCGGCGCUUACGCCGCAACUUAAAGAUACGCUGGAGAAACUGGUGAAUUCGGAGAAAGUGGUUCUGUUCAUGAAAGGAACGAGAGAUUUCCCGAUGUGUGGAUUCUCCAACACUGUGGUUCAGAUCUUGAAGAAUUUGAAUGUUCCUUUCGAAGAUGUGAAUAUUCUGGAGAAUGAGAUCUUGAGGCAAGGACUUAAAGAGUAUUCAAAUCCCUAAUUUUUGAGAAAUCCC